AUGUAUCCAACGCAAUACGACGACCCAGAAAGUCCAAUCAGCAACUACUUGCCUUUUGGUGGCGUCAAUAGCUCUCAGUUAGAAAUUGGAGGAGCUGAGUAUUACGACGAUUCCGAAAUCUACACAUCGUCCCCAACUCCCCAAGAGCGGUGCAGGCCAGGAAAUGCACAACGAAGUAGUCAAUAUGGGUACUCCGAUCCAGGACGACAAAUAGUACCCUCCAUAUAUGAUGAAGAGUCAUCGUUCGACUACCCAGAGCAUCUACCGCCGGCGAACUAUGGAUCUGCACAUAAUUCAGCGGUGCAACCAAUGCAACCUCCUGCUAGCUACUCCUCCGCACAUGGCGCACGAAAUGUCACGGCUGAAUAUACGCAAUACGACGAAGAUCGUUACCCUGGUUCUUCCUCUUCGUACCCCAGGGGUAACUUUGACCAAGAGCCCGACUAUCCUCCUCCACAAGGCAAUAGUACUCGCUUGAUUCCUGUAUCCACACUCCCCGAUAUGUACCGUUCCUUGUUCAAAUUCGGCGUCUUCAAUGCCGUACAAUCGUCUUGCUUUGAUCACGUCGUCAACGAAAAUGACAAUAUAGUCCUCAGUGCUCCCACUGGUAGCGGAAAAACUGUUAUAUUUGAGCUAGCUAUCAUCCGUAUGUUAACUAAAGCGAGGGAAACAAAUCCGUUGGCCAAAUGCGUUUACAUGUCUCCCACUAAAGCCCUCUGCUCCGAACGCUUCAGGGAUUGGUCAACCAAAUUUGACCCCUUGGGUAUCAAAUGCUGUGAGUUGACGGGUGAUACCGUUCAGUUUGGAAAAGGUGUAUGGGGCGAUGCCAAGAACGCGGCUAUAAUGUACGUCCUUCCAGAAAAAUGGGACAGUCUGACGAGAAACUGGAAGGGACAUGGCCAGACCCUUUCCACCAUCCAAUUAUUCCUAGUCGACGAGGUUCAUAUUCUCAACGAGCCACGAGGUAGCACCCUCGAGGUAGUAGUUUCACGCAUGAAGCGGAACGGGACGGAAGUUCGCUUCCUGCUUGUCUCUGCCACCGUGCCAAACAUCAGAGACAUCGCGAGUUGGAUCGGCAAUUCUCGGCGCGACGGCCCUUCUCUGUGCUUCGAAUUUGGAGAAGAGUUUAGACCGUGCAAACUUACUCGCCACAUAUAUGGCAUACAACGGGGACAAAGCCAGAACGAGUUCUCGUUCAACAAGAUACUCGACUUCCGUUUAUUCUCCUUGAUUCAAAAGCACGCCGUUGAUAAACCUAUCUUGGUCUUCUGUUCGACGCGGAGUGGGGUCCUUGCGACGGGACAACAACUCUAUAAAGAAUAUACAGACACAGAGAUUAAGAAGCAGUCUGUGCCUUGGAGGCAAUCAAUCACACUUUCCAUGACCAACGGCUGGCAGGCGCGUCAUGGUUCAACCUUAAUGAAUAUUAUUUUCACACUAUGCAAUUUAGAACUUGCUUCCAUCGGGAUUGGCGUUCAUCAUGCAGGCUUGAAUCUUGACGAUCGACGGGCUAUAGAGGAUUUGUAUCUUAAGAAGACCCUUCGUCUGGUGGUCGCGACUUCCACGUUAGCCGUUGGGGUCAAUUUGCCGGCACAUAUGGUCGUGAUUAAAGGUGUCAAAACUUUUCAGAACAGCGUGACAGUAGAAUACAGCGACUUGGAUAUCAUGCAGAUGCUAGGACGAGCGGGCCGCCCCCAAUUCGAUAAGGAUGGUAUAGCAAUCAUCAUGUGCGAGACCGAGCUGGAGGAGAAAUAUCGCAACUUGGUUCAAGGGAAGACCAUCCUCGAAAGUGGCUUGCAUGCUAACCUUUCUGAGCAUCUGAACUCGGAGGUGGCUUUGGGGACUAUCACCGAUCUGCCCUCCGCGAAGACAUGGCUUCGCGGUUCAUUCCUGUUCCAACGAAUACAGCAGAACCCCAAGUUCUAUGCGUUGGGAAAGGAGGACAACCAGACUUGGGAGGAACGCGUUGACGAGAUGGUUAUGCAAAGUAUAAAUAAGCUUCAAGAAACUCAACUUAUUGACUACCACGCAACCGAGGGGAGAGCAGGUGGGCUAGCCUCGACUGAAUUUGGCGACAUCAUGAGCAAGUUCUACAUUCGUCAAACUACGGCAUCUUUGCCUAACAAGACCACCCUGAGAGAAAUACUCGAGGCGUUGUCGGCUGCAGAAGAAUUCUCUGACGUAAAACUACGGGCGUCCGAGAAGACGCCGCUCAAUAAACUGCGAACACACAAUGACAUCAGAUUUUCAAUCAAAAGGCUAGACAAGCCUGCUGACAAGGUCUUCUUACUCUUGCAAGCGAUCUUAGGUGGAAUAUCCCUGAACUCCCCGGAAUACAAGAGCGCGGAUAGUCAGCCUAACCUAGAAGCGUUGGGAAUCUUUAGGCACAUCUCUCGAAUCGCUAGAGUCGAGGUUGCCAUCGUAAAAAAGCUUGGGUCACAGGUUAAGUGUGGUCUAGAAGUACUACGGUGCUUGACCGCCAAAGCAUGGGAGGAUCGCCCCGUUGUGUUGCGUCAAAUUGAACAGAUAGGAGAGAAAUCGCUAAAGGUCCUCGCAGAGCACGGCGUCGCCUCAAUUGACUCCCUCCGCGUGCAGGACACCUUGCGAAUAGAAACGCUCCUCAAUCGAAGACCACCGUUUGGGUUAGAUCUGAUGAACUCGCUGAAGUCAUUUCCUCAGUAUUUCAUAAAGCUGAAGGAGACCGGGACAUCUACAUCAACCAACACGAAGAAGGUUAGCAUGGUUAUCGAAUGCGGUCUCAACGCCGAGUGGGUAAAGCCCAAGACAGGGAGGCACAAGACCAACGGUGCAAGUAUGACAUCUAUCCUCACAGUAACUUCGGACAUGGUGUUUAUUGAUUACCGACGCAUUCCGACUAGCUUACUGAAUGAGAGCAAAACAUUCGACGUCACUGCCCAACUCGACAAACCAAGUCAAUCCAUUGUGGUUUACAUUGCAUCGGAGUCUUUGGCUGGCGUGGGGGUCAUUGAAUCAUACAAACCAAAUAUCCCCGUUCAAGAGUUCCCAACCGUAAAUACUCGGCCUCUUACAGCUGUCGAGCAAGACCUAGUAGGACUUGACGAUGACCCAGACUUUUGGAACAUGGCCAUCGAUGAUGACGAGAAAGAGGACCUGAAGCCUGCGGUUGUCAAAGACCUCACUAGAGACAGGACCUCAGGCCAGCAACCAAAUCCAUCGCCUUCGAAGGCUCCGGAUACACCACCUAAGAAGAUGCCGAACGGCAAGUAUCAGUGCAACCAUACUUGCAAGGACAAAUCCAAGUGUCGCCACCUCUGCUGCCGUGAGGGAAUGGAGGAACCUCCAAAUCUGAAGAAGCGCAAAGCCCCCGAACAGUCGCCAAAGAAACCCCCGUCGUCUACUUCCAAGAAAAGCUCAGGGGUAUCUGCUUUUAGCAAGGUGGUCUCCUCUGCAAGGAAGGUGGCUCCGCCCAAGCCGAAGGACGAGCCUCGCAAUCGCGUUCUAGAUGACUUGGACUCUCUCCACAAACGGACUAAUGUUGCUAGUAAUCUGGGGCUACAGAAAGACAAAAGAAUCAAACUCACUGACAGGCCUUCGUCUCCCGUUCCUAUUAAACCGAAGCUGGCGCCUCCGAAACUGGACAUUGAAUUUACGGACAUCAAGCAGGAUAACAACGGAUACGUUGACCCAGAGGCUGAACUUAUGGACGAAGACGAUCUCCCCGAAACGCAUGAAAUUUUAAAGUCAAUCAGACCAACCCAGGAUGCCUCCUCCGAUUAUUCCAACGAAGACAUGGACGCACUCAUCAUGGCUUUAUCCCCGGCUAAGGUCAAUCGUUACAGCCGGGCUUCUCAGCCCGCUACGCAAGAUACUCCACCUAGGAAACGGCCCAGGUUAUCACCGAAUAUUGCCAGCCCUCUCGUCCGGCGAAAAGGCCCAAGCCGUGAGAGAUAUAUCAGUAAAUCGAAGAGUCUGUUCCUCGAUACAUCUCAAGACGAAGACGAAGACGAAGACGAAGACGAAGACACUUGCUACAAUCAGGAUACUCUCGACGACUCUUUGAAAUAUGGAUAUGUACAAGAUGAUGACCUGACAUUGGACUGGACUUCUGUGGACAUCUUACCUUCGCCUCUCGAUACGUCCGCUGGAAGCGAUGCCGAACUUGAUCCUCCUCUGGACAUCCUUCGGAAGACGAACCACUCACCCUCUGUUCAACCUUACGGACGACCCAAUCAACGUGUUGAACAAGACCCAUAUUAUGCAAGCGAAAUACCAGAAGAUACGGACGACUUGGCUGAACUGGCGGAAUGGCUGCACAGCGGUGCAGUAGACAUCGUUGACGCCCCCAACUAG